AAAGAUUAAAGACAACCGAGUGGUUCUGUUUUCCAGUACAGAUCGAGCGACAAGAAAAGAGGUUCGUGUUCCAUUUCCGAACAUUAACUUACACCAGUUCUAUUAGAGGCCGGGAGCGAGUUUGAUUGAUGGCUUGGAGGCGCAUCAUCACCAAGGUUUCGCAUGAACGGGAAUUGAGCAGCUUAAGAAGCUUACUUGUUAGAGCUUACACUUCUCUUCCUAGAUUAGGAGUUGUUGGAGCUGCAGGUGGUGGAGCAGCUUCUUUGCCGAAGUCGAGGUUUCAAUCAAGUUAUGCUGGUAGCUUUGCUCGCAGAGUGAGAGACAGAGAUGAGUUUAAUGAGGUUGCACAACUGAGAGAACUUUUCCGUAGAAACGACCCUGAAGCAGUUAUCAGAAUAUUUGAAAGCAGCCCAACGAUGCAUUCGAAUCCAUCUGCACUCACCGAAUACAUUAAGGCAUUGGUCAAAGUUGAUAGGCUGGAUAACAGCGAGCUCGUACGAACCUUACAAAGAGGUAUUGUUGGUGCUUCACAGGAGCAAGAGAGUUUUGGAAGUCUCGCAGCAUUUAAAAAUUUGGGAAAACCAACAAAAGAUGGUGUGCUUGGAACUGCUGCUGCACCAAUCCACACAAUAUCCACUGAAAGGAGUAGCUUUAAAGAACAGCUAUGGAGUACUUUCCGGACUAUUGCAGUUGGCUUCUUACUCAUUUCUGGUGUUGGAGCACUUAUCGAGGAUAGAGGAAUUGGCAAAGGACUUGGUCUGCAUGAAGAAGUACAACCAAGCAUGGACUCGAGCACCAAAUUCACUGACGUAAAGGGUGUUGAUGAAGCAAAGGCUGAGCUUGAGGAAAUUGUGCAUUAUCUUCGCGACCCCAAGAGGUUCACUCGUUUGGGAGGAAAGCUUCCUAAGGGUGUGUUGCUUGUUGGUCCUCCUGGGACAGGGAAGACUAUGCUUGCAAGGGCUAUUGCCGGAGAAGCUGGAGUGCCGUUCUUCUCCUGCAGUGGUAGUGAAUUUGAAGAGAUGUUUGUUGGGGUUGGAGCCAGAAGAGUCAGAGAUCUCUUUGCUGCUGCAAAGAAAUGCUCUCCUUGUAUUAUCUUCAUUGAUGAGAUAGAUGCUAUUGGAGGAAGUCGCAACCCCAAAGACCAGCAAUACAUGAAGAUGACAUUGAACCAGUUGCUCGUUGAGUUGGAUGGGUUUAAACAGAAUGAAGGGAUUAUUGUGGUCGCAGCAACAAAUUUCCCGGAGUCAUUGGAUAAGGCCCUGGUUAGACCUGGGAGGUUUGAUCGCCAUAUUGUUGUGCCUAACCCAGACGUGGAAGGUCGUCGCCAGAUUUUGGAGUCUCACAUGUCAAAGGUACUUAAGGCUGAAGAUGUGGAUUUGAUGAUCAUCGCUAGAGGAACUCCUGGAUUUUCUGGUGCUGAUUUGGCGAAUCUGGUAAACGUCGCUGCUCUGAAAGCUGCAAUGGACGGUGCAAAAGAUGUGACGAUGUCUGAUCUUGAGUUUGCCAAAGACAGAAUCAUGAUGGGAAGCGAGAGAAAAUCUGCAGUUAUCUCUGACGAGUCAAGAAAACUGACUGCUUUCCAUGAAGGUGGUCAUGCCCUUGUCGCCAUCCACACAGACGGUGCUCUCCCUGUCCACAAAGCCACCAUAGUACCUCGUGGUAUGGCUCUAGGUAUGGUCUCUCAACUACCGGAUAAAGAUGAGACAAGCAUUUCUAGGAAACAGAUGCUUGCUCGGCUUGAUGUUUGUAUGGGAGGCCGUGUAGCUGAAGAGUUGAUUUUUGGAGAGAGUGAAGUAACUUCAGGUGCUUCUUCUGAUCUUGAGCAGGCAACUAAACUCGCUCGAGCCAUGGUUACCAAAUUCGGUAUGAGUAAAGAGGUGGGUCUUGUGGCACAUAACUAUGAUGACAAUGGGAAAAGCAUGAGCACCGAGACGAGGCUUCUCAUUGAGAGAGAAGUCAAACUUCUUUUGGAAAAGGCUUAUAACAAUGCAAAAACCAUCCUCACGGUUUACAAUAAAGAGCUUCAUGCCCUUGCAAACGCUUUGCUUCAGAACGAAACUCUGUCUGGGAAGCAGAUUAAAGAAUUGCUCGCUGAUCUCAACUCUCCGCAGAUUAAAAAGCGUCAAGAAGUAGUUGCACAGCAAAGCCAACCGGUUCCUCCUUCAACUCCAAGCCCUGCAUCAUCAUCAUCAGCAGCCGCUGCUGCUGCGGCUGCUGCAGCAGCUGCGGCCACAGCUGCUGCAACUGCUGCAACCAAAGGUAAAGACAUGGCUCCUGUAGGCUCUUAGAAAUUAAAAGAGCCUCUUGUAUUAUUUGUGUAUGUUGGGGUAAUAGAACUGGGAAUAAGCUCUUCAUUUUGGGAGUUUUCUAGAGUCUGUGGAGUCUAGUGAGAGUUUAUGAGCAUUAAGGGUAUAGGGGUAAUUAAGGCAACGAGAUUAAGAUCUCAUUUUCUUAAAUGACGUAUCUCACACACGGACUCUCGUUGCAAAAUGGUCUUUGUAUUUUUCCACUCAUUUUUGAUGUUCUUGGAAUCUUGUGGAAUGCUUUUUCUUUUCUUUUUUUAAGUUUGGCUCGUACAGUUUCAGGUUACAAUAUAACUCUAAAGAGCCUGCAUUUGCAAGACGUAUGCUUCCCCUUAUCUCGGGCUUGGUUAAAUAGCCAAACUUUGGACCUAAUUUAGU